AUGAUCAAGAUCAAAUUACUUUCAGACAAAGCCAUUAUCCCAAGGAGAGAUUCAUUACAAGAUAUUGGUCUCAUUCUUCACGCUGCUAAAUCAUGUAUGAUAAAACCUCGAGAUAAAGUUGUCGUUCCUACAGAUUUACAGAUUGAACUACCAACGGGAUGCUAUGGACGAAUUACUCAAAGACCUGGAUUGUCAUAUAAUCGGUCAAUUGCUGUUGGUACCACUAUCAUUGAUUCUGAUUACCGAGAAAAUGUCAGUGUUGUAAUUUUCAACUUUAGUAAUGAUUAUUACCGGAUAAAUCACGGAUCUCGAAUCGCUCAAUUGAUUUGUGAACAGAUAAUUAUUCCCGAAUCAGUUAUUCAAUUACGUUAA